CGUAGGUGGGGGAGGAAGAUAGAGAUCGACUAUGGAACGAGCUGAAGAUGCAAUCUUAUAACGGUACCGGCUGAUAGAUAGCUGAACUUUUUGUUCACAUCAAAAAAAAGUGGAGGUCCCGACGAGACAGACAAAAACACAGCCAUGCAGUUCAAAUACAGAAGGCACUGAUUUAUUUGUAUAGGAUAUUUUUCUGUGCUCCUUCAAGGGCUGGGUCCGUUAUCGCUGUUGUUGGCGGAACCGGCUGGCCAAGAUGUCUGUGGAGGAACAGGAAUAUCCCGAGGCGACUCUGGUGGCAGAGGCCGGGCCGCAGUGGUUUCGGGCGGAAUUAGAGCGCCUAUCCCGGGAGCUGAGCGAGACGACUCAUGAGAAGAUCCAGGCGGCGGAAUACGGGCUGGCGGUGCUCGAAGAGAAGCAACAACUCAAACAGCGUUAUGACGAGUUGGAGACCGAGUUCGAGACUGUUCGGCAGGAACUCGACCAACUGAAGGAGGCAUUCGGCCAGGCCUACUCCACCCAUAGGAAGGUGGCUGCAGAUGGGGAGAGCAGGGAGGAGUCACUAAUGCUGGAGUCAGCCAGUAAGGAGGCCCACUACCAGCAGAUGGUCCUGGAGCUGCAGAACGAGCUGCGGUUGGCCAGGACUGCCCUCACCAGCAACCAAUCAGAGAAUGAGCGCCUGGCCUCCGUUGCCCUGGAGAUGAGAGAGAGUUCUGAGCUGGUGGAGCUGCAGCGCAGCCAACUGCGUGAUGACAUCAGAGAGUAUAAGGUGCGAGAGGCACGCCUGCUGCAGGACUAUAGUGAGCUGGAGGACGAGAACAUCUCCCUGCAGAAACAGGUGUCCCUGCUCCGACAGAGCCAGGUGGAGUUUGAGGGUCUGAAGCAUGAGAUCUGUCGUCUGGAGGAGGACUCCCAGUGCCUCCACAGCCAGUUGGAGGAGGCCAUGCGCCUGCGGGAGAUCGCCGAGCGCCAGCUGACCGAGGCUCUGGAGACCAUUAAGACUGAGCGCGAGCAGAAGGCCGCCCUGCGUAAAGAACUGUCCCACUACAUGACCAUUGGGGACAACCUGUUACUGUACCACCACAGCCCCCUGAACAUCUCCCUGGACGGCCUCAAGUUCAGCGAGGAUCCCACUGCUGCCACCAACGAAACCAACAAUGAUGACUCGUUCCAUGGCUAUGAGAACGGCCUGGCUAAGAUGGCUGCCGACUGCAACGAGGAUAACAGAGCCAAGCUCCGGCCCGCCCCCAGCCUAGUGGAUGACCUGCUGAGUGAACUCAACAUCUCAGAGAUCCAGAAGCUCAAGCAGCAGCUCAUGCAGGUUGAGCGGGAGAAGGUAGCGCUACUUUCCUCUCUGCAGGAGGCCCAGAAGCAGCUAGAGGUGGCCCAUGGGACUCUGUCUGAGCAGCAGGAGAUUGUAGGACGUCUCACCGAGAACCUCAGCGCCAUGAGGAAACUCCAGGCCAGCAAGGAGCGCCAUUCGGCCCUGGACAGCGAGAAGGAGCGUGACAGCCGUGACGAUGGUGACGGGGACUAUUACGAGCUGGACAUCAACGGGCCUGAGAUCCUGCAGUGUAAGUACACUGUGGCUGUGUCCGAGGCCGGGGAGCUCAGACAGGAGCUUAAGACUCUUAAAGCAGAGUACCAGUCAUGCCGGAGCCAGUACGAGGAGGAGCGAGCCCGCCUGGAGAGCGACGUGGCAGGGCUGAGCGAGAAGCUAGCUUCCCUGGAGAAGAGCAGCCGGGUGGAGCACGAGGAGAUGGAGCGCCUGGAGAAGGACCUGCGGCGGGUGAGCGAGGCGGCGGGCGAGUCGCAGGGCAGUCUGAACGUGGCGCAGGACGAACUGGUGGUGUUCAGUGAGGAGCUGGCCAACCUCUACAACCACGUGUGCAUGUGCAACAACGAGACGCCCAACCGGGUCAUGCUCGACUACUACAAGGAGGGCAAGGCCAGCGUAGGUGGCGGGGGCGGCCGGGAGGGGAAAGGACGACGUCUGUCCCACGUUCUGCUCUCCAACGGGCUGGUCCCUGAAACUGACCCCAGUAAACCUGAAGCCAGUGACCCAGCCGCCUCAGCCCCAGUCUCAGCCCCAGUCUCAGCCCCAGAAUCACGCCCAGAGCCUAUGAACAUCUAUAACCUGGUGGCCAUCAUCAGGGACCAGAUCCGUCACCUGCAGCAGGCGGUGGACCGCACCACAGAGCUGUCCCGCCAGAGGAUGGCCACCAUGGAGCUGAGCACCGUGGCUGAUAAGGACAGCGAGGCCUGCAUGGGGGAGAUCCUCAAACUCAAGUCCCUCCUCAGCACCAAGAGGGAGCAGAUCGCCACCCUGAGGACCGUGCUCAAAGCCAACAAACAUACGGCUGAGGUGGCGCUGGCCAACUUGAAGAGUAAAUACGACAAGGAGAAGACCAUGGUGAGGGAUACCAUGUUGAAGCUCCGCAACGAGCUGAAGGCUCUGAAAGAAGACGCUGCCACCUUCUCCUCACUACGGGCCAUGUUCGCAACAAGGUGUGAUGAGUACGUAACUCAGCUGGAUGAGAUGCAGAGACAGCUGGUUGCAGCGGAGGAUGAGAAGAAGACCCUGAACUCCCUGCUCCGCAUGGCCAUCCAGCAGAAGCUGGCCCUGACCCAGCGUCUGGAGGACCUGGAGUUUGAUCAUGAACAGGCGCGCCGUGGCGGGGUUACAGGAGCAGUGACGAGCAGUCGGGGCAAGACCUCCUCGUUAGCGCGGGGCAAAAGGGCCUCGGCCAAUCAUCAUUAAUUUAAUCAAGCCGUGUCCUUCAAAGGUUGACAGUCACCUUGCCGAUGAUUACUUCAGUGUCCCCUCCUGGCCUGAGACAAAUGUCAGAGACACGUACUGCUGUAGUGUGAGGACUUUGUUUCUGUGCACACACACGCACGCACACGCACACACACACACACACACACACACACACACACACACACACACACACACACACACACACACACACACACACACACACACACACACACACACACACACACACACUCUUGACCUUUACAGACGCGUGAAAACCCCAGGGGUUUGGUAUCUUGGUGUGGAUGCAGGAAACAACAAAGACUCAUGGGUAUGAUGACCAUAGAGAUAUCUAGGUCUAUUUCAAUGGGUAUGACCAUAGAGCUAUCUAGGUCUAUUUCUGUGGGCAUGACCAUAGAGAUGUCUAGGUCUAUUUCUGUGGGUAUGACCAUAGAGAUGUCUAGGUCAAUUUCUGUGGGUAUGACCAUAGAGAUGUCUAGGUCUAUUUCAAUGGGUAUGACCAUAGAGCUAUCUAGGUCUAUUUCUGUGGGCAUGACCAUAGAGAUAUCUAGGUCUAUUUCUGUGGGUAUAACCAUAGAGAUAUCUAGGUCUAUUUCUGUGGGUAUGACCAUAGAGAUGUCUAGGUCUAUUUCAAUGGGUAUGACCAUAGAGAUAUCUAGGUCUAUUUCUGUGGGUAUGACCAUAGAGAUAUCUAGGUCUAUUUCUGUGGGUAUGACCAACAGUAUGACCCCCAUUGUGAUUCAGUCACUCAUCCCACAUUGUCCACCACUAUACUGGUAUUACUCUGUCUAUGUUUCCCCUGAUUACUGCACACUUUUCAUGUCUUUUUAUUUCUCUUUUUUUGCUUGUAAUUCACACCUCAGUGAAUGUGUGAGGUGUUCAUAAGCUUUUAAGAAUUGUUACAUGUUUGGUCAUUGGAGCAUUAAUUAGUCAUUUAAAUAUUUUAGCCUUUGUCAUUAUAUAACUGGCAGAUUGAUAACAACAUUUCCAUGGAGAGCAAACCAGCAAAGUCUUCGGAACUAACUUGCUCCAGUUUUCUCUGGGGUCAAUAUUCAAUGGGACUCACAAGCUAACAGACAUUCUCUGCAAGCACAUAGAUGAACAUCUUAAAUUGGAAAUAGUAUUUUCUCUCUUUUUUUCAAAUCUUGUCACAUAUUGAUAAUGUACUUAAAAAAAGUUAACCAGGGAGAGCAGGAUGUUCCAGCAGGACAUUCAACCAGUGUGUGCCCAGUGGGUACUUUCUGGCCUUAGUUUAGACCAGUAGUUUGUUCUGUCCACAAAAGAGAAGCUGGUUUUAAUUUUGACUAGUAGUUUGUUCUGUCCACAAAAGAGAAGCUACAUUUAGAUUUGAAUGUUUUCUAUGUCUUUGAGAAUUGUGGCGAGAGGUUAUGAUCCCAGUCAAUAACAGAUUGAGGAAAAUAAUAGGAACUGUGGUGAAUUGUGUGAAGUGAUUCUGCGAUCCUGCAAGCAUGCAGUUGCAAAUUUAGGGGCUAUUAUUAUGAUUAUUAGGUAAACCUUAUUUUAAAAGUAAUGAUACCACAGCUGUUAACUUUGGCUGCCUAGUUAAUAGUGGUUCAGAGCGUUUUCGAUGAUGGCUGAGGGAGAGAUUACUAAUGCAAAUACUUAUUUAUACUCUACCUUUGUAUGGCAAAGUUCAGGCGACUAUGGUGGAGACUUUUUGUAUUGUCUGUUUUAAUGCAAUUUUAUGAACCCUUUUUACAUCCUCUAAAAGCGUUGUUGUGAUUUCAACAAACAGACUAAGUUAAGUCAUGAACACAUCUGCAGUGCCAUUUAAUUUAUUGUUGACGCAAUAAAAGUUACAUUUGGGAUUCUCUUUUUUUACAAGUGCAAUUUGAACGCAAUAUCGAUAUAGAAACAUAGUAUAAACAUUCUCUGUCUGUUUGUCUGCUGAUGCUAUUGUUACAUUUUACUACUACUUCUUACUCACAAUCUUGAUCCUAAUUGAGUUGUAUAUCUUUGUACUAAAUAACUUCACUUGUUUGUAUUUAUUUUAAACAAUGUCAUGUAUGUUGGCAUUGUCGAUAAUGUGGAUUAUGAUUAUUGCCAUGUUGAUGCCUUUUUUCAUGUCAUCUUCAAGAGACUUUGGGUGAAGAUGGUAGGUGAGAUGUGUGCUCAAUAGAAAUCAAUAGCCUACUUGUAUGAUGAUGAUGUUGCACUGGCAAGGUGCAUGCUUCAUAGUUACCUUUAUUCUGCCUAAAGGUAUGCCAAAUAAACUUAACUUUAGUCUUAA